AAAAUGGCAGAUAGAAAAAGUAAUAAUAAUGUCCCCAGCACCAGCGCCAAUCUGCUGUUCAGCGGCGCUCCGGAGUUCAACUUCAACCUGCCCUUCAUGCCGGUGAGCCGGGCCGCCGGGCCGGCGGGGCUGUCAGGAGUGGAUCCCACCGAGGUGGGAGAAGAAGACAGCUUCCUAGGCCAGACCCCUGGAGGCGGGCCGGCCCCCUCGACCUUCAACUACUUCUCCAGCCCCGUGACCAGCGGCGACCCGUUCGCCGCCAUCGGCCGGCCGCCGGCCCCGUCUGCAGCCACGACCUCCACGGGCCCGCCGUCUGUUCCCCACGGCGUGACGACGGCGCCGCCCCCCCAAAUGAGUCCUGGACCGGCAGCGUUUGGCGGCGCCGUCGACCAGAGCCCCGUGGGGCGCCACACGCCUCCCGUGGCCACGAUGACCCCGCCGCCUCCGCAGAGUCACAACCCGUACCGGCACACGCCGCUCGGCAGCAAAGCCAGACCGUGUCGUCCAGCUGCGGAGGUCCUGCCACCGACGCACACGCCUCAGCGGCAUCCGGACGCCCUCGGCUCGCCGCCACAGACAUUCCCGCCGCCGGCGUUCUCAACGGCUCCUCCCUCACAGUUCCCGGCGCCGCCGCCUUCAGCCGGAGCGAUGGUCCCCGCCGGUCCGAUGAUGCAACACAACUACAACGUGUACGAGGCCGUGCAGCCGCACUGGUUCUACUGCAAGCAGGUGGAGGCGAAGAGCGUCUGGCUUCCCUUCAGCUUCAUCGACUCGCUGCAGCUGGAGGAGACGUACAACUCGGUUCAACCGGACCCAGAGAACGUGAUCAUCCGUACGGACGGCGGCCGCUACGACGUGCAGCUGUACGAGCGCACGCGCAGCGCGGUGUUCUGGGGGGAGGAGCCAACGGAGGUGCGGCGCUGCAGCUGGUUCUACAAAGGAGACGCGGACAGCCGCUUCGUCCCGUACUCGGAGGAGUUCAGCGACAAGCUGGAGGCGGAGUAUAAGAAAGCCGUGUCGACCAAUCAGUGGCACCGCAGACUGGAGUUCGCGUCGGGAGAGACGAUAGUCAUGCACAACCCCAAGGUCAUCGUGCAGUUUCAGCCGUCCUCCAUGCCGGACGAGUGGGGCACGACGCAGGACGGGCAGACGCGCCCCCGUGUGGUGAAGCGGGGGAUCGACGACGACCACGACCAAGUACCAGACGGUGAGCUGGCGAAGGCGGACCACCUGGUGUUCAUGGUGCACGGCAUCGGCCCCGUGUGCGACCUGCGGUUCCGCAGCAUGGUGGAGUGCGUGGACGACUUCCGCAGCGUGUCGCUGAAGCUGCUGCACAGCCACUUCGGGAAGCCGCUGGACGAGCACGCCAUCAGCCGGGUGGAGUUCCUCCCCGUGCAGUGGCACACGGCGCUGCACGGCGACGCCACGGGGGUGGACCGGAGGAUCAAGAAGAUCACGCUGCCCAGCACCGGGCGGCUGCGGCACUUCACCAACGAGACUCUGCUGGACGUGCUCUUCUACAACAGUCCCACCUACUGCCAGACCAUCAUGGACACGGUGGCCCAGGAGAUCAACCGCCUGUACGCCCUGUUCCUGCAGAGGAACCCCGACUACAGAGGCGCCGCGUCGGUGUCCGGACACAGCCUGGGUUCCUUGAUCCUCUUCGACCUGUUGUCCAAUCAGAAGCCCGGCUCUCCUGCGGGGGGCGGGCCGACCGCACCCACUUCCAACGGAGACGCCAAACAGGUGAACGAUGCCGCCGCCCCUCUGGCUGUGGAGGAGGAGCCCAGAGAAGAGGGGGAGGAGUUUGAGGAUCUGUCCGCCAUGCUGGAACACCUCGGCCUGGCCGAGUACAAGGGAACCUUCGAAGAGGAGAAGAUCGACGUGGAAUCGUUUCUCAUGUGCACCAUGGAGGACCUGAAGGAGAUGGGCCUCCCUCUGGGUCCCAGGAAGAAGGUCUCCAAGUUCGUGAAGGAGCGCGUGAACAAGCAGGCCGCCUGCCAAGCGGCCCGCGAGCUGAAGGCGGCGGCGGCCAGAGAGGCGAGUCGGGCGCUGGCGCUGGCGGGCGACGCCCCUCCCCCCCUCUCCGUGAAGACCCUCCCUGCGGGCAACGCCGUCCACGUGGACUACAACCACUUCGAAGUGGGCACGGGGCAGGUGUCGGUGGUCUACCGCGCGCUGGACUUCGAGCCCGUGAACUUCUUCGCCCUGGGGUCGCCCAUCGGCAUGUUCCUGACCGUCAGAGGCCUGGAGCGCAUCGAGGAGACGUACCAGCUGCCCACGUGCAAAGGGUUCUUCAAUAUCUACCACCCGCUGGACCCCGUGGCGUACCGGAUCGAGCCCAUGAUCGUACCCGACAUGGACUUCAAGCCCGUGUUGGUGCCUCACCACAAAGGGAGGAAGAGGCUUCAUCUCGAGCUGAAGGAGUCCCUCACCAGGAUGGGCUCUGACCUGAAGCACGGCUUCAUCAGCUCCCUCCGCAGCGCCUGGCAGACGCUCAACGACUUCGCCCGCGCUCACACCUCGUCCGCCCAGCUGCAGGCCGAGCUGGCCAUGGUGGCCAAUCAGAUCGCAGAACAGGAGAAGCAAGCGCAGGAGGAUCACAAGAUCACGGAGAGCCCCGAGCCGCCGAGAGAGGAGGAGCCCGAGGUGAAGGUGGGGAUGCUGAACGGAGGGAACCGCAUCGACUACGUCCUCCAGGAGAAGCCCAUCGAGAGCUUCAACGAGUACCUGUUCGCCCUGCAGAGCCACCUCUGCUACUGGCAGUCUGAAGACACGGCUCUGCUGAUCCUCAAAGAGAUCUACAAGAACAUGGGGAUCCACCCCGAGCAGAUGGCCCAUUAACGCCAUGAAGGACGCCGAUGAAGAGGAGGCGGCCCAUUAACACCAUGAAGGACGCCGAUGAAGAGGAGGCGGCCCAAACUUCCCCUUUUGGUCCAUUUCAUGUUUACCGGGAUUUUAAUUUCUCUCUUUUCUAUCCAUGUCGUUUAUUGUAAACAGAUGAAUAAUACAAGUGUUAUGCCAUUUGUCUUGAAUUAAGAACAGUACUUCAAGCACACCAGUGUGUUUGAUAUGUUUUAUAGUAUAAAUUAUAGCACUGGUUAUGGAUCAACAGCAGGAAUGACCAUGACUCAGCAGUUAAUGCAGGAAGUUUUAUUUAAUGGCCAAAAUGUCUAAAUAAACUAUUUCCUCACGUU